GCAUGUAGUGUUGACAUUUUCUAUUCAGUAUGAAUUCCAUGCUUGGUUUUUUACCAUUGUAUGAAUGGAAAUCGGCUAGCCUCGUAGUACACGAAAAGGAUUGCCAGCAAAGAACUCACCCCACUAACAAAGCACCUGGAGUGACUAAUGCUGUUGCGUGUGCAUUAUAUCCAUCCACACAGGUGCAAGUGGUACAACUCAAUACAUAUCAGCAUAGCAUCAUCACAUCAUUCUAAACAAACGAGCUACUUUUUUAAGCCGUUGUAACUUUUGUAUACGCCUUAAUAUCACAAAAUUUGUUAAUUUGUUAAAAAUUUAAAUAAAAUGGCAUGCUGAAGGUGUGAUGCAGAUUUAGAUACGUCUAUUUAAUAAAGCAAACCAAGUGUUCAUACAAAAUGCCUCCCACCGUUAAUUUUGUGUCUUUAGUGUUUUUAACGGCAAUCAUCUAUUUAUUCGGGAAUGUUGGAGCGUUGGAAUGCUAUGUCUGCACACAACAGGAAGGAAAUGUUGAAAAGUGUCUGUCUACGGUGAGGACUUGUGAUUACGAAGAAGACACUUGUUUAACCGAAGUCCGUUGGGGCAGCACUCCAUAUUGGUCACAAGGAGCUGAAAAGCAAUACUAUGUGACAAAAACAUGUGCCACUAGACAAUAUUGUGAACAAAGGAGGCAAGAUUUUGUAAGUUACUGUCACCGAAUUUGGUACGAAGAUUGGAAGUGUGCAGAAUGCUGUCAGGGGGAUCGGUGUAACUACUUUGCCUUUAUGGGAGCUGGAACAACCUCCCUAAACCUUUCAGUGUUUAUUUUGUCCCUCUUGCUUACACUGAAGGAAUACUUUCACUUGUAGUUCGGAGGUAUCCAAAAAUCUCAUUGCCUACUGUCCCGGAGAUAAAUACAUAUAAAUAUGUAUAGCUUUACAACGCCUGAUUUAUACAGAAUUUCUACUUUUACAUAAUGUAGCAAAGUACAAUACAUGACACUUAAAUUACAGAUUCUCAUAUUUUAUAUUCCAAAUCAUUGUAUUUAUUACUUCUGGGUUUGUCCAGUAAUUCAACCUUUGGAGAAUAAAUUAUAAAAAAGAGAUACACAAUCUAGUAGA